CUCGCUUAUAGUCACUUUCUCACAUUUUGUGUAUUUUAUUCACUUUGUACAAUCAAUUAAUGUAACGUAAACUUGUUUUUUGCCUACGGAACUCUUUAUCAUUCGUAACAGUCUCCUUUUAAUUUCAACUGGGAAAAGUUAUGCAUGCCGUUUCGAUGCAUUGAUAUUAUUAAGUAAGAACGCAGUGCAGUCGUUGUGUAGUGAACAUUGCGUAUCGAUGUGUAAAUAUUAUUAUAAUGAAAUUGAACGUCGAUUCACAUAAUUUUCUUAGAGGAGUAUGUCUUAUCACUCUAUUGUCAUCAACGUAUUGUGAUGGGAUUCCCUCCAAAGAAUAUUCAUCAUACAGACGGUAUCCGUGGUGCAGUCCGUCGGAUGUGAUACGGUAUCCGCAGACGCUUCAAGACGUGGUCGAUAUUGUGCACGAAGCUAUUUACAGAGGCACCACAGUUAAAAUUUUUGGUGAACGACAUUCACAAACGGACAUCAUUUGUACGGAUGGGAUUCCGGUCGAUAGUCGAGGAAUACGAUCAUUUCGAAUGAAUGACGAUGGUGUUACUGCAACAAUAGGAUCGGGUGUAAAUUUACGAGAUGCUACCGAAUUUCUUCGCAAUCACGGACGAGGUUUGAGAACGACACCAGCGUAUGGUAAUAUUACACUAGGCGGUGCGAUUGGGACCGGAUCGCAUGGAUCCACCAUCAGGUAUAAUGCAUCGAUAUCGUCACAAGUGGUCGGCCUGACCGUAGUCGAUGGAACCGGAAGAGUGCGCAAAAUUACGGAUAGUGAGGAUUUGCGAGCUUUUCGAUUGAAUCUCGGACUACUUGGAAUCGUCUACGACAUAACACUGUUCACAGUGCCAUUGUACAAAACAGUGGCCCAUAAUUAUGCCGUACCGGAUGAGGUGCUAACGAAUGGUGUUGCAAGGUAUUGGGCGCAAACAACCGAUCAAAUAUCGUUCUAUUGGUUUCCGGCUUUUAAAGAAGUUAUCGUAGCAAAUUGGACCAUUGUCGAUGUGGAGACUCCUGGUAAUGCAUACACAAAUGAUCAUGUGCCGCCAACCUAUGACAAUUUCAAUGUAUUAACCAGUUACUUAAAGGAAAUUGUGUUCGGUCUCACCUCCAGCACAUGUGCACUGGCUAAUUCAUUGGGAUACAAACUUCUGCAUAUGUUGGAGUACUACUUGGAAUUGGCAUUGUUGAUAAGAAUUCCAGAUUUUGUGCCCAUCUAUACAGAGGACGGCACCAAGGUACAAAAUCCGGCAGUGGGCUAUUAUGACAAAAUGUUUGCACCGAUUUGUUACGACGAACCUCAAGGUAUUCUGGGACUGGCGUGUCCUUGGGCUAGUUACGAAAAUGGCGUUACGUUUGUAGAUGAAGAAUUCGCGAUCGGGCUGGAUGAUCUAGCCGACGUAAUAAAUGAUGUCAAAGACAUAAUAAGCAAAACACCGACCGCUUUCCCGAUACAGGGAAUACUUCUAAGAUUUUCGGACACAACCGACAUCUAUAUGUCGACAGCAUAUGGCAAACAGGUGGUCCAUUUUGAAUAUUAUGAGUGGAAAAGGAAGAACGUUUACAAAGAUCCAACAGGCAGCUUAGCCGGUUAUCAGACGAUUUUGCAAACAUUGACCCGAAAAUACCAUGCUCGAAGCCAUUGGGGAAAAUCGGGACUGGUUUAUCAUGACCGUGAAUUUCUUGACUUAAAGUUGGACUAUUAUGCACGUGAAAAAUUCAUUGAGGCUAUGCACAAAUUCGAUCCGUACGGCGUAUUUAUGAAUAAUUUUGGACGUCGCAUCAAGCGACAAGGAACAAUCGUCGACAUCGACCCGUUAACAACACGUUGUGCGCUGUUAGGUAACUGUAUUUGUUCCAAGGAUUCCGAUUGUGGCGACACGCAAACCUGCACUACGAUUCCCGGUUAUAAUUACUACGUUUGUAAAACCCGAAACGAACAACCGGAAAUGACUAAAAUGGAUAGAUCGAAAAUACCUCCUCCGUUCGGUAUACUAAGCUUUCUUCUUACCAACUUAGUUACGUCCGUGAAAGCCGCGUAUGCAAAUUGUACAGGUAGGUAGUUAGGUGAUGUUUUGUUAGACGAUUUUGUUAAUUAGCCGAAAUUUCAAGUGCAAAUGAAAUAAAAAAUAUUUUCGUCAUAUGGGACGUAUAAAG